CCGGCGCAUACCCAUCACCAACAAUGGCGCGAUCGACCUUCAUUGCCGCCCGCAACUCGCGGCACCGCACCGCAGCUCUCGCCCUCUAUCGUGCCCUCAUCCGAACUGCGAGCCGCAUCCCUCUAGCGGAAAAUGCGCCCAAACACCCAAUUGUUAAGAUUGUGAGGAAGAGGUUUUCCAAGAAUACGGCGUAUACGAGCUACAGGCUUAUAUACGCAGCUAUGGCGGCGGGCUACAAGUUUCUGAAUCUCCUCACAAAAGCCCAGACACCCAAUUCUCCAGAACACAGCCAAGUCCUCAACCACCUUCAAUCCGUGCGCAACACCGCCGCCCUAUCCCGUACAAAGCCUCAUCCGAAACAAUACAAACCUACUCCUCCACCGGAGCCGCUCCUCAUCAACGUCGCAAAGGAAAACGAGCCCCCGAAAUACACAUCAAACAUUCUUCCCAGACCGAUAGAGUCGCUCAAGGGGCCCAGAAAAGUUCCCUCUGUGAGCGCAACUGCAGAGGGACAGCCAUUUGUGCGGUUGAGGAAACCUCAGCCGCAUACCUUGUCUAGAAUGAUUGGCCGCAAGGGUCGGAUCUUUUCAAACCGGAUCGAGAAUAUCAUGGACGCUGAUGAGCGGUUAACUCCUGAGGCGGCGCUUGAGGACGAGUGGGAUCGCAUGAUGGAUGAUUUGCUGGCGAAGGAGGGCGCCAAAGGUGGGAAAAGAAGGAAGCAGGCCUCUUAUGAUUGGGAUGCAGAGAACAACGCCAAGAUGGAGACGUUUGCCUGGAGCGUGCAGCUUUCACGACUGUGGUGGGAGUGGAAGGUUGAGAAGACGUGGGAAGACUGGAUCGCCAGGGGAGAAGCCCUGCAAAAGCUCGUCGAGCAAGAAAGAUCUAUGGCCGAGCGAGAAGAGGGGCAGAGCAAUGCUGCUGCUGGGAGGAACCAACGUACACCGCGACGGAAUCCGCUUGAUCCAGAUGACUCUCCGCCGAACGUCGGACUUAGCAAUGUCCAAUCCUUGACCCUGAUGGACAUUGCUCGGGAUAUAGAGCCGCCACCGGAUUCGAAGCAAGUACAGGAUGGGGAAGCAUAUGACCCGUUCUUGUCACCGUCUUGGCACGCGCUGGUCAAGGCGCAGGAGAGGAGGAUGCUGAAGUGGACGGGGAGACAAGCCGAGAGGGGGGAUUAG